GUCCCUGUGAAGAACCAGUGCUAAGGUGAUAGCAGCAACCCCAAGUGGAAGCUGAGGACUCAUCUGUGCACAUCAUUAGCACCAGUGUCCAAAAGAGGGUUUAAAAAAAAAAUACACAAACUCCAAAACUCAAUUCUGGAUGUGGUCUCCAGGGUUUCGACUGUUUUCACUUCCUAUUCUCACUUUGACCCUCACAUCUACAAAGUAGUAAAGUAAUGACUUCCUACAUGUAACUACUUAAGAUUAUAAGCUACAUAUAUCAUUUUAUUCAUCCAGUGCGAACAGUUUCCACACCUGUAUCAGAGGUCCUGUUAGCAGAUCUGCUAUGGAGGCGUCCAUCUGCAGCCGCAUUUCAGAGCUCAGAGGAACAGCCGACCUCAACGGCCUUCAUUUCGGGUCUGAAGCUGAAAACCUGGAUGGGACCAGAACUUCUUUACCUGGCUGGCGCUUUGGACUUAUAGGCUAAAUUUGUAGAGUUUGAGUGAUGCUUGUUUAAAUGUGUGUAAAUUAUCUUUGAGUUGUUUGCGGCAGCAUCUUCAGUAAGUUAAAUCAAGAGAAGUGGACAAAGAGGGGGUUGACCCGUUAAUGAUUUGUUUCUUCCUGCAGAGGGCUCAUGAUGUUUAUGUGUGAUUGUUUGCUAAAAAUAUUUUGCCUUUUUCCCCCCCCCAUUCUUGUAAUAUUUGAUCCUGUGGAUGCAAAUGUCAGAAGCCUUUGGUAUAAACUGAAAUAUGCAUGACUUCAUUUUCGUACACACCGUAACCUCCAGCCCUCUGUAAGAUACCCCUCUCAGCUCAAUGUUGCUGCAGUGCAUUGUUGCAGGUUCGUUUUGAGUUGUCCAGCGUAACCCUCCCGCUUGUCUGUCAAAAACUGCAGAUAUAAAGCUUCUUAACGCUGCAGUGGACACUAUAAAUGAUUAAUAAAACUGUGUAAACUGCUGAUGGAAAACCCUGCAAUGUUUUCACUUGUCUCAACCCCUGUCAAUUCAGAAGUAUCUUGGAAAAGUGCAUCAUCUGUUAAUAAAACUAGUAAAGGCGGUAAAUUCAUGUUUGGCUUUGUUUCCCAUUUUUAAUUAUCAAUAAAUCCACAGGGAGCUUAUGUUUUUCGGCACUAGUGGCCUUUAUAUUUUUUUAACAGUAGGUAGACAGGAAAGGGGGAGACAUUCGGUAAAUGUCGCCUGGUCCGGGACUCGAACCCGGGACAGCCGCUUAGGUAUGGUCACGUGCUUUUCUUACGGGUACAAAACUCUGGGGACACAAGUUUGACAAUCCAAUAAAUAUUUUAGUCACUAAAUACAUAUGUUCCUAUAUGUGUUAGCAUUAACAAUGGAUAUGUUAAAUUUAAAUUCAUCUAUAAUUAUUUCAGUUGGGUCAAACAUUAACUAUAAAAAUACAAUUAUGUUAAAUUAUGUUAUGCUCACUGUGAUAAUUUAAGCUAUAAUAGUUCAGCUCAACUGACACCGCAGCUUAACUUCGGACCAAUCACCUUCAGUUAAAGCAGUAUUAGCCCCGCUCAGUUAAAAUCUUGAAAAAGUUUAGAUGAUUAUAUAAAAAACAUUUAAAAUAUAAAAACAGAUAUGUACAAAAAUGUAAUGAACAUCUGAUACAAUGACUGUUAAUAUGUUUUAUUUAGAAAAUGCACUUAUGCUAGUAAUGAAAUGCACCAUCAUUUUAGGACAUGUUCGUUAUAAAUAAAGAAAAUAUUAUUUUAUCGGAUGGUAAAUUCGAAAGAAACCCAAAUAAUAACAUUGCUAUGUGUAAGAAAACCUUACAACGACGCUGGUUGAUUGGAUUACGAACAGACUUCAUGUCACAUGAAUCCGAACGCAUCACCAUGGUUUCCAUGCCGCACGUGCUCUGUGACGGAACUCCUUUGAUGUCGAUGAUGUAACAAACACGUUUGAAGUCCAAAACAGUGGACCACUUGUGAGUUCUGCUCAGAACACUUUAACAAGCGUUCAUAGUCCUGCUGAUUACAGAAAGAUUUGAGAAAAUUUGACCUUUUUUUCAACUUUUUUCUGUAAACACAGUUUGUAUUAAUUUGAUUUCUAGACAAAGACCUACUCAGUCAUCACAAUAGUAGUUACACAGCCAGAAGGAAUCCAUAUUUUCAUAGUUUUUCAAAGAAAACUGCAUCUCUAAAUGGAAAAACUGCUCUACAGUAUCCCAAAAGACAAGUGGGACGACUUUGUUGCUGGUAGUGCUGCGAUACAGAAAAUAUGGUUGAAGGAACAUCUGCUUUUGGACAGUACCAAUUUCUUUUCUGCUCUGGUUUUGUCCAAAGUCCAGAGCCUGCCUGUCACACGCAAGGAUGUCAAAGCCAUUGUGGGUAACCAACUACCAGAAGCUCUUGCGAAGGUCCUGAGAAGUACAGAGAUUUGUGAUUUAGAACCCAUUAAAAUGUUUAACAAAUUAGUUAUCAGAGAAGUGGCAAGCAAGAUCCAAUCCUCCACCAAUCAGGACAGUAUGAAGAAACAGUCUCUGGUCAGAAGAAGCAUGGAUAAACUAUUCCACGCGGUGGAUCAAGUUAGGGUGCUGGGACAUCAAACAGCUGUAGAUAAUGGCACAAAAGCAAAGAUUUGUAAACAGGAGAAUGUUCCGUCUACCAAUGCUGCACCACACACUUUGAGGGCACCAAGAAGAAAAGCAAAGGGUGCACCUGCGAUUUAUAAUAAAUACCAUGGAGGGAAACAAUGGUUAAAAGAGGGAGUGCCCAAGUUACCAACCAUCCCUGAAGCCACUCAGAUGGAGGAAAUGUUGGCUGAAAUCAACCAUUUUGGAUACAACAUCCAGACUUACAAUGAGGUGUGGGCUAAGAUGACGGACCAAGAAACUACGGUACAAAGUCAGUGCGAACAGUUUCCACACCUGUAUCAGAGGUCCUGUUAGCAGAUCUGCUAUGGAGGCGUCCAUCUGCAGCCGCAUUUCAGAGCUCAGAGGAACAGCCGACCUCAACGGCCUUCAUUUCGGGUCUGAAGCUGAAAACCUGGAUGGGACCAGAACUUCUUUACCUGGCUGGCGCUUUGGACUUAUAGGCUAAAUUUGUAGAGUUUGAGUGAUGCUUGUUUAAAUGUGUGUAAAUUAUCUUUGAGUUGUUUGCGGCGGCAUCUUCAGUAAGUUAAAUCAAGAGAAGUGGACAAAGAGGGGGUUGACCCGUUAAUGAUUUGUUUCUUCCUGCAGAGGGCUCAUGAUGUUUAUGUGUGAUUGUUUGCUAAAAAUAUUUUGCCUUUCCCCCCCCCCCAUUCUUGUAAUAUUUGAUCCUGUGGAUGCAAAUGUCAGAAGCCUUUGGUAUAAACUGAAAUAUGCAUGACUUCAUUUUCGUACACACCGUAACCUCCAGCCCUCUGUAAGAUACCCCUCUCAGCUCAAUGUUGCUGCAGUGCAUUGUUGCAGGUUCGUUUUGAGUUGUCCAGCGUAACCCUCCCGCUUGUCUGUCGAAAACUGCAGAUAUAAAGCUUCUUAACGCUGCAGUGGACACUAUAAAUGAUUAAUAAAACUGUGUAAACUGCUGAUGGAAAACCCUGCAAUGUUUUCACUUGUCUCAACCCCUGUCAAUUCAGAAGUAUCUUGGAAAAGUGCAUCAUCUGUUAAUAAAACUAGUAAAGGCGGAAAAUU